AUAUUUUCAAGCGUAAAUGCUCGAUAUCACUGAUAGCAAAGUUAUCGAGAACUAUCGUGAAUUUGCCAUUCGUAUUUCUGCUAGCUACACAAGUUCAGACAUGGCUGGCUUAUUUGACUCUGCACAUACCGAAGGCCCCGGUUUUGUAGGCAUACGUUUCUGUCAGGAAUGCAACAACAUGUUGUAUCCUAAGGAAGACAAGGAUAACAAAACAUUAAUGUACGCGUGCCGUAAUUGCGAUUAUAAACAGGAAGCCGACUCCAAUUGUAUAUAUGUGAACAAGAUUAUGCACGAAAUCGACGAACUGACGCACAUAGUCCCCGAUGUGAUAUCGGAUCCGACGCUGCCGCGUACUGAAGACCACGCAUGCCCCAAGUGCUCGCAUCGCGAAGCUGUUUUCUUCCAGGCGCAAACCCGCCGUGCCGAAGAGGAGAUGCGGCUGUACUAUGUGUGCACUAAUCAGAAUUGUACACAUCGCUGGACGGAAUAACAACGGAAACGGAAGUGUCAACUCUGUCUACGACUGCCGACACUGGCUAUAUUCACACGCAUAGUUCUAAGUACAUAAUAAAGUCUGUCAUUU